AUGAGAAGCUUCCUAUUUCUACUGGCUCUGCUAGCUGUUUCAACGUCUGGAGAGCUUCUUCCAAUGUAUUCGGAAACUGAUGAGGAAAUCGCCAAGGCCAACCAAUCCAAGGUCAAGAAUCAGGAGUUUGUAAGCGUCAUGAAUCAUCGAAGCUACGCGUAUACUUCGGCAUUCUUGAUCCUGGUGUUGUUUGCGGCUGUUAUCUGGUGCCACGUCGCUUCGGCUCGCAAGUCACGUCGUCUAGCCCAGUUCGAGCAAAGAGGAGCGCCGGUCCCACCCGUCGAGUGGUCACCACUUCUCCAAGAACGCAAAAACCUCCGUCCACCGCCACCGUACAGCCAAGUUGUCUGA